UGGACAGGCUACCGUCCGGCCCGAGAAUGGCGGCCUCUCACUCGUCCUUGCCCUGGAUGGCGCUGGCCCUGCUGGCCCUCCUGGCUGUCCUGCCCACUCCCAGCCAGAGCAGUGUGCCCCUGCAGCCCAACUUCAAACAGCAGAAGUUCCUGGGGAUCUGGUUCACUGUGGGCCUGGCCUCCAACUCCACCUGGUUCCUGGAGAAGAAGGAGAAGAUGUCCAUGUGCAAGUCGGUCGUGGUCCAGCCCGAGGACAAUACCCUCAACAUGACGAUCACCUACUUCAGGAAGACGCAGUGCCACACGUGGAGCCUUCUGCUGGAGCGCGAUGGGCCUCCGGGUCGCUACCGACACACCAGCCUCCGCUGGAGCGGCACCCGCGAGGUGUCGGUGGUGGAGACGGACUACGAGCAGUACGCCCUGCUCUUUACCCAGAGCUCGGGCGGCGAGAGCCGGGACUUCCUCAUGGCCACCCUCUACAGUAUGUGUUCCGUGGGCGGGUCUCAGACGGGGUGA